AUGAACUCUAUAUCAUGCCCAUAUGGGUAUAGGCCCUAUCCAGGGCCUUCGAUCAAUGCUUUGAAUCCAUGUUUCUUAGCACUAUGUUCGAGUGUACAAUCAGUCUUUUUUAUUAUGGUUGGUUUUAUUCAGUUAGUCAAACUAUUUAGAACUAGAAAAUGUCCUCCUGACGUGCAUUUUGGGAUGUUCAAAUUUAGAAAACUCUCCCGUCGGCAUAUAUUGCAUUUAUCAUCUAUCUGUUUCCAGAUCACGUUAGUUUUGCUUCAACUCUUCGAAGUGCUUUAUUCUGAGUCCUAUCCACCUAUUAUAGUAUGGGCCUUGAGUUUGAAGUUCUUAUUUACGCUCUGUGUUUCACUUCCUACACAGUAUCUAGAAUAUUUUAAAAGUAUAUGUUCUAUCGGAAAUCAGUUGUUCUACUAUUUCAUAGAAAUCUUUUUCCUGCUUUUCCAAGUUGUUCAGAGAUCUGCUCACAAUCCAGAUGAUCGUUUCAAUGUCAUUAAGGGUAAUGUUGGUCAAGUGACGGACAUCCUACUCUUACUUAAUACUGCAGGUAUUUUUCUUUAUGAUGUAGCCUUUUAUGAAUCAGCCCCAGAAAUUAGAUGUUAUUAUGAGAAGAACAACUGGUAUCCAGAAGUUCACAUUUUUGCCAACUUAACCUAUACCUGGAUGAAUAAAUUGAUUGUAGAAACAUACAACAAUGGGAAACUAAAAGAUCCAGAAAACCUACCGUUACCACCUAUAGAUCUAGACAUUCGCUCAAUCAGCGAUAAUUUCCAGUCCAAAUGGGAGAAUGAAAAAUGGAAUGGCUCAAGUUCCUUAUUGAAGGCAAUACUAAAAACCUUCGGCUUAACAAUGCUUGGUGCCAUGUUUUUCGAGACAAUUAAAGAUUUAUUAUCUAUCGUUGAAGCCCAGCUUCUAAGGCUUUUUAUUAUGUGUUUCAAUACUGAUGCCAGUCUAUAUUACCCUGUAUUGCAUGGUGUCUUCAUAGCUGUAGCGCUUUUCUUAACUAGUGUCGUCUCAACAAUGUUGAAUAACCGUUUCUACAUCAUUAUUUUCCAGGCUGGUUUGGGUAUAAGAGGGUCGUUGAUGACAUUGGUCUACAAAAAGGCCCUGAACCUUUCUUUAGCAGCAAGGCAAGACUUUUCUACAGGUGAUAUUAUCAACUUCAGCUCCGUUGAUGUCCUGAGGAUUCAAAGAUUCUUUGAAAAUUCUCAAACAAUUAUUGGAGCUCCAAUCCAAAUUGUCGUAGUUCUGUUUUCUCUUUACUUUUUGUUAGGUAAUGCCAUAAUUGCUGGACUUGUUAUGAUGGUCAUCAUGUUGCCAGUCAAUUCUUACCUAUCUAAAAAGGUCAAGACUUUGACAAAAACUCAAAUGAAAUACAAGGAUGCAAGAAUAAAAACUAUAACAGAAAUUUUAAAUUCCAUGAAGUCUAUAAAAUUGUAUGCAUGGGAAAAGCCAAUGAUGCAAAAGUUGGAUCAUGUUCGUAACGACUUAGAAAUAGGGAACCUCAAAAAGAUUGGUAUUGCAAGUAAUCUGAUUUAUUUUGCAUGGAAUUGUGUCCCACUACUUGUAACAUGUUCCACAUUUGGUAUAUUCACCCUCAUUAGUGACGAGCCUUUGACCCCAGAAUUGGUAUUUCCAGCCCUAUCUUUAUUUAAUAUUUUAAAUGAGGCCAUCUAUGCCAUACCAUCUACGAUUAACACCAUGAUUGAAGUAACGGUUUCAUUGAAUAGAUUAAAGAAAUUUUUACUGAGUGAAGAACUUGACCGCUCUUUCAUCGAGCAAACUGGGAAGCCAGCGAAUGAAUAUAUUCCUGCUGUUGAGAUAGAAAAUGCCACUUUCUUGUGGAAAUCACAGGCACAACUAAUCAAUUCAGAAAAUGAUGACAGUGAAGCCAAUAUUGAAACCACACAAGUAGCAUUAAAGAAUAUUGAUCACUUCACUGCUUCGCCAAAAUCGUUAACUUGCGUUAUUGGUAAAGUUGGUUCCGGUAAAACUACACUAUUGAAGGCUAUUUUGGGCCAGCUUCCAUGUAUCAGCGGUUCUAAGGAAAGCAUUUCCCCAAAAUUAUCUAUCAGAGGUGAAUCAAUUGCCUAUUGUCCUCAAGAGGCAUGGAUUAUGAAUGAUACUAUUAAAGAAAAUAUUUUGUUUGGUCAUAAGUUUGAUGAAACUUAUUACACUCUUACUGUUGCUGCUUGUGAGCUACUGGCUGAUUUUGAUAUUCUGCCAGACGGUGAUCAGACUUUAGUUGGUGAGAAGGGUAUUUCGUUAUCUGGUGGUCAGAAAGCACGUGUUUCGUUGGCAAGGGCUGUAUAUUCUCGGGCUGAUAUUUAUUUAUUGGAUGACAUUCUUUCUGCAGUCGAUGCCGGUGUCAGUAAAAAAAUUGUUGAAAACGUUUUAGAUAGUAAUAGUGGUCUGCUCAGAAAUAAGACAGUCAUUCUGUCUACAAACACAGUGUCUGUCUUAAAACACUCCCAACUAAUAUAUGCUUUGGAAAACGGUAUUAUUGUGGAACGUGGCAACUACAACGAUAUAAUUGAGUCCGCAAAUAGUGAUGAUGAGUCAAAAAUCAGUGCUCUAUUGAAGCAAUUCGAUGUCAGUCUGGCUAAGCGUGAAAGUUCUAAUUUAUCUCUAACUUCAAAAUCCCAAACGGCUAUCCCUCAAGACAGUACUACAAAGUCAGAUUUAAUCGAAGAUGUGGACAAUGAGAUGAGCUCUCUUGAAGACGUUAGUUCAAGAAGAGCAUCGCUAGCAACAUUAAGACAACGUCCAUUGAUUAGGAAGAACAAUCCAGAGAGAAAAACUAAGCUUGAGGCUGAAAAGACUGCUGUAGGAAGCGUUAAAAUGUCCGUUUACAUUACAUAUGCGAAAGCAUGUGGUAUAACCGGGGUAUUUUUGUUCUUCAUUUUUCUAAUAUUAUCCAGAAUAUUUGAUCUUUGUGAAACUUUUUGGUUGAAGCAUUGGUCUGAGGUUAACAAAAAUAGAGGUUCUAAUGAAGAUGUUUGGAAAUUCGUUGCAGUCUAUGCCUUGAUUGGUCUUGGUUCCGCUGCAUUCAACAUUUUUAGAACCAUUAUUAUGCUACUUUAUUGCUCUAUUAGGGGUUCCAAGACUCUUCAUGAUAGCAUGGCUAAGGCAAUUAUACGUAGUCCUGUGCAAUUUUUUGAGACCACUCCAAUUGGUCGUGUAAUCAAUCGAUUUUCGUCUGAUAUAGAUUCUGUUGAUGUGAACCUACAGAAUGUUUUUUCAAUUUUUUUCAGAUCGAUAUUAGACUAUAUCCUUACUGUGAUAUUGGUGAGCGUUGCAAUGCCUUGGUUUCUAUUAUUUAAUGCAUUGAUAAUGAUAAUCUAUUUCUACUAUGAGAAGCUUUAUAUUGUGCAAUCUAGAGAAUUAAAGAGAUUGACAAGUAUUGCUUACUCGCCAAUUAUUUCUUUGAUGAGUGAAACUUUAGGAGGACAAAUGGUGAUUUCCGCCUAUAAUCAUUCUAAGAUGUUCAAAUUUAUGAACAUUGAAAGGGUCCAAUAUAACUUGAAUGUUUUAUUUACAUUCAGAUCUACCAACAGAUGGCUUUCUAUUCGUCUCCAGUCUAUCGGUGCAUUUAUCAUUUUAUGUACUGGAUUGUUGGCACUUACAACUCUGCGUACAUCGAGUCCAAUUGGUUCUGGUUUGAUUGGUCUAUUGAUGAGUUAUGUUUUGCAGGUCACCUCGGCUUUGACAUGGAUUGUUAGAUCGACCGUUCAAAUUGAAACUAAUAUUGUGUCAGUUGAGAGAAUUUUAGAAUACUGUCACUUGCCUCCUGAGGCAGAAGAUAUAAUUGAUUCUAAUAGGGUUGAAAGGGAUUGGCCUCAAAGAGGUUCCAUCGAGUUCAAGAACUACACCACUACAUACAGAGCUAACUUAAGCCCGGUUCUAAAGAAUAUCUCAGUAACAAUAAACCCCUCCGAAAAGGUUGGUAUAGUUGGUAGGACGGGUGCUGGUAAAUCUACUUUAUCUUUAGCAUUAUUCAGAAUUCUGGAAGCCGCUGAAGGGACGAUUUUUAUCGAUGGUGUUGAUAUUUCGCGUAUUGGUCUUACAGAUUUGAGAGGAAACAUGGCAAUUAUACCGCAAGAUGCGCAAGCUUUCGAGGGCACCGUGAGGUCGAAUUUGGACCCAUUCCAGAAGCACACUGAUGUUGAACUGUGGAACGUUAUAGAAUUAUCUCACCUAAAGCCCCAUGUUCUAAGAAUGGCUGAAGAUGAUAAUUUGAGUGGAAACUUGAGUGGUUUGGACGCUAAGAUCAAUGAAAAUGGUUCCAACCUAUCUGUGGGCCAAAGACAGCUAUUGUGUCUAGCAAGAGCCUUGCUGAAUCAAUCAAAAGUUCUGGUUUUAGAUGAAGCCACUGCUGCUGUCGAUGUUGAAACCGAUAAAAUUAUUCAAGAGACAAUUAGAACACAAUUCAAGGAUAGAACUAUUUUAACCAUCGCUCAUAGGCUAGAUACAAUUAUGGAUAAUGAUAAAAUCCUCGUUUUGGAUGCAGGUGGGGUUAAAGAAUUUGAUUCACCCAAAAAUUUACUUUCAGAUGAAAGCACACUUUUCUAUCAGUUAUGUGACAAAGGUAACUAUCUAAAGAAGUAA